AUGUCGAGCGACGGCGGCGAGCUGUGCUCCGCGCGUUGCGCCGAGCAGCCCUUCGAUGUCGCGUUCCACCCCGGCAACAACGGCAUCUUCGUCUCGGGCCUCAUCACCGGCGCGGUCGAGGUAUGGGAGAAUAAAGGGGAGCGAGUGCGAAAGCUGAAGACCAUCGACGCGCACACCGAGUCCGUCCGCACCCUCGGCUUCGUCAACGACGGCGCGCUCCUGCUCACGGGAUCGUCCGAUCGGUCCAUCCUCGCCUUGGACACAGCCACCGGUAAGCCCCUCGCCAAGCUGGAGCACGCGCACAAGUCCGCGGUGAACAGGCUCAAGGUUCUCGACCAAAAUCUCGUGGCGACGGGGGACGACGACGGCGUGGUGAAGGUCUGGGACACGCGCCAGCAGACGGCGUGCGGGUCGUUUGUGCCAUUCGUCGAUUUCGUCUCUGACAUUGCACACGUUCCGCCGGACGACGCCGUCGCCGCGGGUGCCAACGGACCGUCGGGGAGCCUCGUGGUGACCAGCGGCGACGGCACGAUCGCGCACCUCAACAUGGCCAACUGGAAGGAGCUCGGGCAGAGCGAUAACCAGGAGGAUGAGCUGUUAUCGUGCGUCGUGAUGAAAAACGGUAGGAAAGCCGUCGCCGGCUCUCAGACGGGGAUACUCAACAUAUUCAACUACGGGCAGUGGGAGGACAUCAGCGACAGGUUCCCCGGUCAUCCGUCGUCCAUCGACGCCAUGGUCAAGGUGGACGAGGAGACGUUGCUGACGGGCAGCAGCGACGGGAUCGUCCGCAUCAUCGGCAUCCUGCCGAACAAGAUGCUGGGCCUGGUUGGCGAACACGGGGAGAUGCCCAUCGAGCGCAUGGCGCUAUCGGGGGAUAACCAGUUCCUCGCCACCGCGAGUCACGACAGGACGAUCAAGCUAUGGGACGUCGGGUACCUGUGGGAGCGGGAUCUGCGCGCGGAGGCUGCCAACUUUGACGGAGUCGGCGGCGAGCUCGACGAAGACUCCGACUCUGAUUCCGACUCGGAGGAGGGCGGCGGCGGCAAGCGGAAGAGGAAGCAGAAGCAGAAGCGAAAGAAGGGCGGGAAGAUCCAGGACUCGAACGCGGCGAGGGAGGCGGUGAAGAAGGCGGCUGCGAAGAAGUUCUUCGACGGGCUCUAG